UCAGCUCAGGGUGCAUACAAGUUCAGCAGCACUGCUAAUAAGCUUAAGUUAAUUGCUUGAUUUUGAAAAUGUUGAAGAUUCCACUUCUUCUUGGUUUUCUUGGACUUUGGGCCACGGUCAACUCGAUGCUAGUUAAUGGAGUGACCCAAAUUCCCAUCAAAGCUGAGGAAGAUGUGUUUCCCGAGGCUGUGAGUGAUGAGUUCCUCGUUGAGCAGGUCUUCGUCCAGUCAGAAUCACAUCAAGGAAACACAACACCUCAACCGUUCGACCAAACGUCCUCUGGUGCAGAGAGUCGGAAUCAAACCCUGGUGGAGGACAGCUUUGAGAGCAGUGCGUCGGGUGACGGCGAUGAGGAGCUCUCUGGUGACUAUUCAACCACAAGUCCAAGCGACAGGUCUGGCUCAUCUACCACUGAAACUGCUCUCUUUGGGUGGAUCAUUUCUUCUGGGCCACAAGCAGCUCCGUCGAGUAGCACUGCAAAUCCAAGCCCACCUACUCACACUACUGACGCCCCUUAUGUCAGGUCCGGAGAUAACGAGAUCCUAUACCAGAAUUCUACUACACACCCAAAAGCAUCCGAAGACAGCAUAGAGGGGCUCUAUGAUGACUAUGCAAACACGAGUCUUAACGACUGGUCGAACUCAUCUACUACCGAAGCUCCUCUCUUUGGAUGGAUCGUUUCUUCUGGGCCACAAGCAGCUCGGUCAAGCCCACCUUCUCACACUACUGACGCCCCUUAUUUCGGAUCCGGAGAUAACGAGAUCAAGUCUUCUACUACACACCCCAAAGCAUCCGUUGACAGCAUUCAAGGGCUCUCUGAUGACUAUGCAAACACAAGUCCAAGAGACUGGUCGGACUCAUCUACUACCGAAACUCCUCUCUUCGGAUGGAUCAUAUCUUCUGGGCCAGAAGCAGCUCGGUCAAGCCCACCUUCUCAAACUACUGACACCCCUUACUCUGGGUCUGGAGAUAGCGAUAUCCUACACAGGUAUUCUACUAGUUACCCCAGAAUGACCCAAAUUAGCCCUGAUGUUACAUCAUCAACUUUUGUGGGACCUGACUUGGUAGACGAGGGUUCAGCAGAUGACGUUUUUGGCUCCGGACAGGGAUAUGCCAAAAAAAUCAGCAAAAAAAAGAGACUCCUUAGCUUUUCACCUAUCCAAGGUGGUAAAACUCCCCAUGUUCUGGAGUCUGAGGAUUCUGCAACAACAGAGCAGCACAAAGGACAUGUGACACCAGAUUGGAUCAUCAUCCUGGGAUUUGUUGUGGGAGUUGCAGCUCUGGUUAUGCUUUGUGCGGCGAUCGCUACCAGAGACAAGUGGAAUGGCCCAAAUCAGGCAAAGUGUUCAAAAACCAAAGCCGGCUCCACGCAGAAGGAUGCAGAGGCCGAGAUGUUCCUGGAAAAGGAAAAACCCAGAGAAAAUGGAAAGGCAGAAGAGUACACAGUCAUCCCCCUGGAUGAGCUUCCGGAGAAAUACUCCCACUGAAACAGACGUAUGAGGAACAGACCGUCUUAGCUGCUUGACAGCUCUGAGUACCCUUGCUACUUUGCAGCUUCAGUCUGAACGAGAAAUGUCUGGCUCGCUAAUGGCAUCGGGAAAACUUUGCAAAACACAUUUCAACAUUCGUUAUUUAUUGUCACGUCAACUCCUGUUAACAAUAAACAUACAAAUCUGAUCAUUUAAGAUGUAGAAAUACAUCAAUACCACCACUCUGACAGCGUUUCUUACUGCCUAAUAUUUACAAAGAGAGUGCAUCUAGGAAAAAGAUAGUGUUACAAUGUGUUAUUUUCUCUUUUUUAAUGCAUUUUUUUGCUAAAUCAUUUUUUUCAACUUGUAUAUUACUUUGUUACGAUAGUAUUAUAUGUAAUUUAUGAUGUUCUGUAGACAUUCCUUACAAAAAACAGUGAAAAUCCGUAUGCACAUUUUAAGUGUUCCUUUUUUGUGUCAUUAAACACACUUUCAAAAAAACAACAACCCUGCAGCAGCUCGUCAGUAGCAACAAUUUAUUGAUACUUGAUAUGUACACACACGUAUUAAAACAACAACUUAAUUAUUAUUUUUUGUCUGACAAAGACUGUUCAGGCCUGAGCUUGUUUAUUAUCCAUGCCUGCUUUUGAUGAAUGCAUUGUGUGAUCGGACCGUCUUGGUCAAAAUUGUAUUAUAUACAAACAACAAAUGAGCAUUGAAUACAGAAUAAAGAACAAAAACAAUAGAAAACA